CCUCAGACUCAGCAGCAUUCCACGCCACAGCACCAGCCCGGUUGCCUUCCUGCACCUCCUGUCUGCUAUGUCCACGUCCACGAGCUGCCCGAUUCCGGGGGGCCGGGAACGGCUGCCCGACUGCUACAGCACUACGCCGGGGGGCACGCUAUACGCCACUACCCCGGGAGGCACCAGGAUCAUCUACGACCGAAAGUUCCUGCUGGAGUGCAAGAACUCACCCAUUGCCCGGACACCCCCCUGCUGCCUCCCUCAGAUUCCCGGGGUCACAACUCCUCCAACAGUCCUACCCUCCAAACUGGAGUUGCUGAAGGAGCAGAAGGAGACAGAGGAAGAGAUACCCGAUGACGCACAAUUUGAAAUGGACUUCUAAUCCAGUGCAGAUGAUCCCCCCGUGUGGCGUUAUAGAGGGAUCCCUCAUGCCGCUGUUGCCACCACCUCUUUCUGGGAUAUCCAAAGGACAGCUAGCCUCAUCUAAUCUGGAAAGGAGUGACUUGUUGGCUGCGGAUCUCCUUUAAUUCUGGGGCAGCUAGACCAGGGAUAGGAGUAGGCUACUUGCCAAGCCCUUAGAUCUCCUUUCUCUUUGGUCUGUAGGUACUCCUCCCAACCCCCAGGCCUCUAUGCUAAGGGCUAGGACUAGAGGACAGAAUAUGUCACCUUCUGGCUGCUUAGUAAACUUUCAAACAAA